AUGGCGGCCUCCAUACAACACGGCAGAAAGGCUGAUGGCAGCUCGGAUGUGGAUCUGUUAUUACACCCUGAGCUGCUGUCUCAAGACUUCAUGCAGCUCAUUUUAACUGAGAAACGUGUCAGCACCAGAGACUGCGGGAGUCGGGACCGGCUCACGGAGCUCUACCUCCGGCAUGUCAUCCCGCUGCCGCAGCGGACUCUGCCCGACAGCCGCUGGGGCAGGAGGGUGCAGAGGAGCCGGGGAGCGCCGGACGCUGACAGCUCCAGUAAUGACCACAAGAGGAAAAGGCCUCUGAUCGUGUUCGACAGCAGCUCCUCUCAUUCCGGCGCCCUGAAAGUGAGGAAACCAGAGGGAACCACCGCGUCAACAGGGAUCACUGACAGGUUAAAACCUCCUCCAGCUGCAAACCGGUCCAAUCCCAUCCGCAAACUAUCAGGCAACACCUCUUCCUCGUCCAUUCAUUGCAGCACUGACACGGCAAACCUCAAACGAGAAGCAAACAGCUCGGUUCCACUCGAGUCUCCAGAGUCGAAGAAAAAGAUCCAGCAUGUGACGUGGCCCUGACCUCUGACCCCUCUUCGCUCAAACCUGACGAGAGCUCGGGCUCUGGAGGACAAAAUUGCUCCCCUCCCGUCACUGAACACCCAGCUGAGGUUGCUCACUCCCUAUUUGUUCUCCCCAUCACAGUCCUCUCACUAAUUGCAUCAGGGAAGGAGGCGAAAACCCUUGUGUGUCCAGGUGUCCUCCCUGCUCUCGAUCAGUUCUGAGAGCUGACAAAAUGGAGCAGUGUAGCUUUCCUCAACCUCAAGUGCCCUUACCCUAAACGAUCGGCGACUCCAGAACGCCUUUCAGGAGAAAUGAAAUACUCACAUUAUGUUUCUCUGGAUGAGUCGGUUUUGGUUAUAGGGCCUUGAGUAUUGGUUUGCACUGAUGUAAAGGUGAGAUUAUUGGAUUGGUGUUUUUGAAAAGAGUCAAACGGAGGCUAAACUCUUCUCACAGUCUGAGACACAGAGCGGCAAAGUGUGCGAUAGCCAGGAGGCAUUGUGAAGAUAUUUUGUUGAAGUAUUUUUAAAAAAAGUCGUGUUUUAUUUGGUUGGUGUACACAUUAAAUGAAACACUACAUCCACAUUGAACAUGCAGGGCAUUUUAGAAAGUGUUUGUGUGCUUUGAGUUACUUUUAUUUUAUAUUAGUGUAGUCACAGAGAAAAAUUGCUUUCCAAGUUGUAUUCGGAAUCCUAAUCCUAGAGAUGUUCCAGUGACAUUUUUCCCUUCCCGAUUUCGAUACCUGGACUGAUAACAAGUACUGUUCCGACAACACUGCAAUAAUACAAAAAAAUAACUUAUAUGUAAUGUUACAGCUGUGUGCUACUAACCUUGCUUGGAAGUUAUGGUUUCUACCAUUGUUUUAUGGCCAAACAUAUACAGAGAAUGAAUACCAUAAAACUUAUUUUAUCAUCUAGAAUGACAGUCAAGUGAAAAAGAACAAUUGCUUCCUUUAAAUACUUCCAGCGUGGUAUUGCUGAGAAUGUAUGUGGCUCUGGCUAAUGCCACACUGCUGGAAAUCACUUCUUCUCUGCUCUAAAAUACAGUACUUGCUAGUGGCAGUAAAGCACAUCUGCUGUUUUGAAUCCAGGAUUUUCGGCAGUAUCAAGCAUUGUCCAUGCUGGUAUCAGAAAGCUUCCACGUAAUCCACUACUUAUUGUUGUUGCGCAGACGAAGCAGCGAACUUUGGUUUAUCAAUUUCAGCUUUUAGUGAUUUAGGAGAAAAGGGAAUAUGGACGAAAUGGAGAAUAAAGCAGGUUUAUUUGAUAUUGUGGAUAAUAAUUGUAGCCAGAGUUGAUCAAAAACACAUGGUAACAAGAUUACUGUCAGAUCAAGUUUCAUGUUUGUAACAACGUUUUCAAAUAAAUUGUCCAAUACAAUGAA